AUGUGCUCGGGCACCGAAAGUCCGCUUCUGGCACUGGAUAUGGUCCAGAGAGCCGGCCUGGACUUCGAAUUCAUUCACCUCUUCAGUUGCGAGAUCGAGCCUUUCAAGCAGGCAUACAUCGAACGCACAUUCAGCCCUCCAAUCCUCUUCCGAGAUAUCACUGAACUAAGCAAGAAACAAGCUCACACGGCAUACGGUGCCCUGAAAAAAGUCCCUUCCGGAGGCGACCUUCUUAUCGCCGGGACCUCAUGCGUGGACUUUUCAAGACUCAACUCCAAACGGAAAGGACUGGAUGAUGAGGGCCAGUCCGGUAGAACCUUUCGAGGUCUUCUGGGCUAUGUUAAGAACCAGCGGCCGACUUUUGUCAUCCUGGAGAACAUCAAGAGUGCCCCUUGGGAAGAGAUGGAGAAACGCCUGGUUGCCCUCAACUACGAGGCUUUCAGAGUGGAUGUCGACACCAAAGAUAUUUCUACAUCCCGCAAACACGUCAGCGUGGAUACAUGA